UGGCAUUUACUUUCACUCUAGAAUUUUUGCAGCAGCUUGUGACAACGCAGCUAGACACAAAUCUCAAACGAUCGCCCAUCCUAUCAUCUGUGUAGUACCGGUUUUUUUCUUACGUUUGUAUAUAUCUUUGCUGUUCGUGCUUUGCUUCGUGUUUACUGUCGAAAAGGACGCUGUUGAUAUGUUGUUGUUAUGUAGUUGAGCCAUCAGGUAACAAGUAAACAUGAAAAGCGGUGUCUUAUCCAGCUGUGAGAAGUCGUUUGUCCUUCAGGCUUUGACUGAAGGGAGGAGACUUGAUGGGCGAGCUUUUAAUCAGCACAGAGAUCUGAAAAUCUUUUUUGGCAGUGAUCUAGGCUGCUGUCAAGUUUUAUUGGGGCUGACCAGAGUUAUAGCACAGGUGUCCUGUGAAGUUCAACAACCCAAACCAACCCGUCCAGAGGAAGGUCUGCUUCUAGUUUAUGUGGAAUUGAGCCCUAUGGCUGCACCUGAUUUUGAGGCAGGACGACCAUCAGACCUUGCCGUUCAGUUGAGCCGGGUUUUGGAAAAAUGUAUUAAGGACAGCAGGGCUGUUGACUUGGAGUCUCUGUGCAUCAAAAGUGAAGAAAAAGUGUGGGCACUUCGUGUAGAUAUAACAGUAUUAAACCAUGAAGGAAAUUUGGCAGAUGCUGCCUCUGUUGCUGCUCUGACGGCAUUGGGUCACUUUCAGCGCCCAGAUUUUACUGCUGAGGGUGGCAAAAUAAUCAUCCAUAGUGCAGAAGAGAAAGACACAGUACCAAUAACACUUCAUCAUUACCCAGUAUGUGUCUCCUUUGCUGUGUUCAACAAUGGGGAGCAUGUAGUGGCAGAUCCUACGGAGCUAGAAGAGCGUGUUGCUGAAGCUCAUAUAGUGUUCGGUAUGAAUUCAUACCGUGAGCUUUGUGGUGUUCACUUGGGAGGCAGUGCACUUGCAAAUCCCGAGAUGAUUAUACAGUGUGCAAUUCAAGCUGCUGUACGUGCAUCUCGGGUUGUAGAGAUAAUGCGGAGUGCCUUGGAAAGUGAUGCCAAAGCCAGGACUGAAGGAGCAGAUGUUGGCUUUGUUAAAAGCAUAGAAAAAGAUAGUCUACUGUCCUUAGUGCGUGAAAAUGUACACAUCUGUCUUGAUGCCACUGAGCUAAGGACAUCUGCAGUGAAUGCUGUUGACAAACUGAAUCACUUUAGAGAAGAUAUGGAUCUGGAUUUGAAUAAUGGUGAAGUGGAAAAUACUAAGGACGAAAAAGUAAUUUUCUUGGGUAAUGGCACAGCUGAACUGGUGGAAGUCAAAGAAGAAAAAAGACAAAACAAUGUAAAGACAGAGGUUGAGGAAGUGGGAACAGGAGGACCGAGCAAGUGGGAGGUGUCCAGCAGCAGCAGUAUUGAAGAAGUUAGCAUUAACAGUGAUCAGUCACAUGAGAAAGAUGAUUCACCAGACAUUGAGGUAGUCAAGGAAGUGAGCUUUGAGGAGAGGCUGAAAAUAGUUGAUAGCAUUGAACUGAGUGGCGACAGUGAAGAGGAGGAAACUAGUGUUCUACACGCAGAUGACAUUAAUGAAGUUAUGGAAGUGGGAAAGAGUUCACGGAAAGCAGUAAAGGAUGAAGAAGUAGAAGAAAAAGAAGCACCUAGCAGAGGAUGGUACAAACCAAAGUGGUAGCAAAUAUAUCUUUCCUACAAAAAAGUGUCAUACAAUGUACAAAAUGUGAAAUUUUUUAUUGUAAUGUUGACUGUUUUGUCUGAGAUAUGUUUCAUCUUCAUUGUUAUAAAGAUUUUUGGGAGAUACAAACUUUUAUUGUGUAAUAGCCA